GUUACAGAAGGAGUGCUGGGAGCCAGGACGUUUGGUUCUGUCCCCAGAUCUGGAUGGGAGAGCAGCUCAGUUGCUAGAUCAUAAGGGGGUUGUGAUCAGGACAGAUCAAAGCUGCAAGAACAGUUACUUUGGUUCCAGGACUUUGUGAUCAAUGCCCACCUCCCACCACUCCCCAGCAAACUGAGAACGGGAAUAGAUAGUCAGAACAAAGAGGAAGAUGUGUCAGGGUUCAAGGUCUCCCUCCAUGGCUGGGACAGAGAGGUGAGAAAACUUCAGCACCUAGGACAGAGUCACAGGCGUGAUAUCUGUAUAGGAAUUAAUGCGUGAGGAAAAAGUCCACAAAGAUAUCAGCCAGGGCAGUUUUCCUGAAGAGGCAUUUGUGAUUGCCUGGAGAAGUAGCAGCCAAUCUUCCUUAGCCUACACGAAACAACAUAUAUAUAUGUAUAUUGCACAAGUUGCAAACCACCGUGGGAAUAAUUCAUUUUGAACGCCCCACUGCCCUCCUCUCCAGACCUACCACAAUGUGCCCUUCUGCGCCUGUUAUCGUCAUGGCUUUUACCAUCCUCCUGUGUCAAGGAACCUGUGCUCAGGAGUUCCCUAUUCACACUCAACAGCAUCAUCAUGACCAGUACUGGUACCAAACCACAGGAGAUCAAGUCCCAGUGAUCAGUGGCGGCACCUGCAAGGUGAUUGCUAUCCGCCGCUGCUGUAACCGCAACCACAUCGAGGAGAGGUCCCAAACCAUCCAGUGCUCCUGUCUCCCAGGGAAAGUGGCUGGGACAACCCGUGGCAAACCUUCUUGCGUGGAUACUUCCAUUGUAACUGGAAAGUGGUGGUGUGACAUGGAGCCCUGCCAGAUUGAAGAGGAGUGCAAAGCGCUGCCUGACAAUUCCGGCUGGAUGUGCUCACUAGGAAACCGUGUCAAAACCACCAAGAUCCACCCCAGGUAUUGAGAUCUGCAACGCCGAAGGAUCCACCUCCCAAGUGAAUACGACAGAUACUUGGCGAUGGCCAAAGGACCUUGCUACAGUAGGAAAUACAAUUCCUUACACAGCCACAGGACCAAAUAUCACAAAGGAAGCUACACUGCUCAAUUAGCUGCGAUGGGGAGGAUCAAGUGGCCAGGGAGAGCAGGUGCUGGU